AUGGCUGUUAUUGCAGUUGCAGGAGGUACCGGGGGGGUGGGCCGGACGAUUGUCAAUGUCCUACUCCAGGAAUCUAAACACCAAGUCAUUGUACUAACUCGAAAGGCGACCACAAGUCCAAUCCCCGAGAGAUUGCAACAAGUCGAGGUAGAUUACAGGGAUGUUUCUGCUCUCGUCAGAACGCUAGAACAGUACGAGAUAGACACCGUCGUGUCGGCAAUUUCGCUGUACUCCGACGAGACUAGUGAAUCUCAGUUGAAUCUCAUUAAAGCGGCAGAGAAAUCCAUCCCUACGAGGAGAUUUAUCCCAAGUGAAUACUCUUACAUUCAGACGGAAGACCUCCUACCUAUCGACCCCGGCGUUAAGUAUUUCAUCGACGCCGCCAAGUUGCUCCAGAAUGGAAACUUGAAGUAUACCCGGGUAAUCCCCGGCUUCUUUAUGGAUUACUGGGGAAUGCCACAUGUUCGCACGAACCUACAACCCUUUACCUUUGGAAUCGACAUCGCUAGCGGUCACGCUGCGAUCCCGGGGGAUGGAAACGACGUAAUAGGCAUGACAUAUACCUAUGACAUGGCCGCGUUUAUUGCAAGACUGCUCCAUGUCGAAGAGUGGCCUGAGUUCAGUGUCAUCGUGGGGGAUGAUAUCACCUAUAACCAGCUUAUAGAACUAGGAGAGCAGGUUCGAGGCAAGAAGUUCCGGGUCGUUCAUGACAGUCCAGAGCAGAUCAAAGAAGGAAAUGUCACUGUUCCUCCGAUGCCUGAAGGGUUAGAAUAUACCCAAGAGGAGCUGCGAGAAACAACCGCUCUAGUGAGCAGGCUGACCAUUGCCCAAGUCUUUGACUUUCCAGCUGGGAUUCGCUCGAACUCCAAAUUCCCGGAUCUAAAACUUGUUCAGGUCAAGGAGUUCAUUGAUAACGCUUGGAAGGGGAAGCCAUAA